AUGUCCGCAAGACUGGCUGCUCGUACUCUGACGACCCAGUCGAGCUUUGCUGCUAGCAACCCCCGCGCUGCCCGCGCACCCAAGAGAUCUACCAACCGCUUCGUCCAAGUCCGCAACGCAACCAGCAAUGCUCAGGUUGCUCCUAGUGCAAAGGCUUACCUCGAGAGCGGAGUCAUUGCCGGAGCCCAGAACCUGAUUGAUGUCAAGAAGGUUUUGGUCAUUGGCAGUGGUGGUCUUGCCAUUGGACAGGCUGGAGAGUUCGAUUACUCUGGAUCCCAAGCUCUCAAGGCCCUCAAAGAGGCUGGCAUUCAAUCUGUCCUCAUCAACCCCAACAUUGCCACUAUCCAGACCUCUCACGUUCUUGCUGACGAGAUCUACUACCUCCCCGUCACCCCCGAGUACGUUACCUACGUUAUCGAGAAGGAACGCCCCGAUGGUAUUUUCCUUUCCUUCGGUGGUCAGACCGCCCUCAACUUGGGUGUCAAGAUGGACGAGAUGGGCAUCUUCGACCGCUACAACGUUAAGGUCUUGGGUACCAGCAUUCAGACCCUGAAGACCAGUGAGGACAGAGACCUCUUUGCUCAAGCUCUCAAGGAGAUUGACAUCCCCAUUGCUGAGAGUAUCGCUGUCAGCACCAUUGACGAGGCUCUUGAUGCCGCUAACAAGGUCGGCUACCCCAUCAUUGUCCGUGCUGCUUACGCCCUCGGUGGUCUUGGUUCUGGUUUCGCCAACAACCCUGAAGAGCUUCGCAACCUGUCUGCCCGUUCCCUCACUCUCUCUCCCCAGAUCUUGGUCGAGAAAUCGCUCAAGGGAUGGAAGGAGGCCGAGUACGAGGUCGUUCGUGACGCUUCCGACAACUGUAUCACCGUUUGUAACAUGGAGAACUUCGACCCUCUCGGUGUUCACACUGGUGACAGUAUCGUCGUCUCGCCCAGUCAAACCUUCAGCGAUGAGGAAUACCACAUGCUCCGUACCGCCGCCAUCAAGAUUGUCCGCCAUCUUGGUGUCGUUGGUGAAUGUAAUGUCCAAUAUGCUCUCCAGCCUGAUGGCCUCGACUACAGAGUCAUUGAGGUCAACGCCCGUCUCUCUCGUUCGUCUGCCCUUGCCUCCAAGGCUACCGGUUACCCUCUCGCCUACACUGCUGCUAAGAUUGGUCUCGGCCACACCCUUCCCGAGCUGCCCAACGCUGUCACCAGAACUACCACUGCCAACUUCGAACCCUCUCUGGACUACAUUGUCACCAAGAUGCCUCGCUGGGACUUGAGCAAGUUCCAGAACGUCAAGCGUGACAUUGGCAGUGCUAUGAAGUCUGUCGGUGAAGUCAUGGCUAUCGGUCGUACUUUCGAAGAAUCAUUCCAAAAGGCUAUCCGUCAGGUUGACCCCAGAUUCCACGGUGUUCAAGGUGACAAGUUCGAGAACCUUGACGAUGUUUUGGCAAACCCCACCGACCGUAGAUGGUUGGCUGUUGGCCAGGCCAUGCUUCACGAAGGCUACUCUGUUGACCGCGUCCACGAACUCUCCAAGAUUGACAAAUGGUUCCUCUACAAGAUCCAGAACAUCGUCGACACUACCCACGAACUCGAAGCCAUUGGCAGCCUUUACGGCGUCAAGAAGGAGCUUAUGCACAAGGCCAAGAAGCAAGGUUUCUCCGACAAGCAGAUCGCCAAGGCUGUGAACAGCACUGAGGACGAGGUUCGUGCUCGCCGCAAGAACUUCGGAAUUACUCCUUUCGUCAAGAAGAUCGAUACACUCGCUGCUGAGUUCCCUGCAGACACCAACUAUCUCUACACUACCUACAACGCAAGCUCUCACGAUGUCGAGUUCAAUGACCACGGUGUUGUUGUGCUCGGAUCGGGCGUGUACCGCAUUGGAUCUUCUGUCGAAUUCGAUUGGUGUGCCGUUAACGCUACCCUCUCCCUCAAGGAGCAGGGCAAGAAGACUGUCAUGAUCAACUACAACCCGGAAACCUACAGCACAGAUUUCGAUGUUGCUGACAAGCUUUACUUCGAGGAACUGUCUUACGAACGCGUCAUGGAUAUCUACGAACUUGAAUCUGCUCAAGGUGUCGUCGUUUCUGUCGGUGGUCAACUCCCUCAGAACAUGGCUCUCAAGCUCCAGGAAAGUGGCAAGGCCAAGGUUCUCGGUACCGACCCCAAGGACAUUGACAGAGCUGAAGACCGUCAACAAUUCUCUUCCAUUCUUGACUCCAUCGGUGUUGACCAGCCUGCCUGGAGCGAACUCACUUCCUACGCCGAGGCCAAGCAAUUCGCCGAGAAGGUCGGCUACCCCGUUCUCGUUAGACCCUCUUACGUCCUCUCCGGUGCCGCCAUGACUGUCAUCCGCUCUGAAGCCGAGCUCGAGGAGAAGCUCAACGCCGCCGCCGAAGUCAGCCCUGACCACCCUGUCGUUAUCACUCAAUUCAUCGAAGGUGCUCGCGAAAUCGAUGUCGAUGCUGUCGCUCAUGACGGUAAGGUUCUUGUCCACGCUGUCAGUGAGCACAUUGAAAACGCUGGUGUCCACUCUGGUGAUGCUUCUCUUGUUCUUCCUCCCGCCAAGCUCCCUGAGAGCACCGUCAAGCGCGUCAAGGCCAUUGCCGACAAGGUUGCCAAGGCAUGGAAGAUCACUGGUCCCUUCAACAUGCAAAUUAUCGAUGCCGACAGCCCCAACGGUGGCGAGUCUUCUCUCAAGGUCAUCGAGUGCAAUCUCCGUGCUUCUCGUUCGUUCCCCUUCGUUUCCAAGGUUCUCGGUACCAACUUCAUUGAUGUUGCCACUCGCGCUCUUACCAGCACCAACGUCCCUGAGCCUGUCGAUCUCAUGGCUGAGAAGCGUGACUACCUCGCUGUCAAGGUUCCUCAAUUCUCUUGGACUCGUCUUGCCGGUGCCGACCCUUACCUCGGUGUCGAGAUGUCUUCUACUGGUGAAAUGGCUUGCUUCGGUAAGGACCUCGUUGAGGCCUACUGGGCUGCUGCUCAAUCUAUGAUGAACUUCCGCUGCCCCCAGCCUGGCGAGGGUCUCCUCUUCGGUGGAGACAUCAACAACCCUGAUCUAGCCAAGAUUGUCGACUACGUCAACCCUCUCGGUUACAAGCUCUACGCUGCCAACGAGGAGGUCAAGAACCACCUUGAGAGCAACUCCAAGGACGGUAGCGUCAAGGUCGAGGUUAUUGAGUUCCCCAAGGAGGACAAGCGUGCGCUCCGCGAGGUCUUCGAGAAGUACGACAUCCGUGGUGUCUUCAACUUGGCGAAGGUCCGUGCCAGCAGUCUUGUUGACGAGGACUACGUUAUGCGCCGUAACGCCGUCGACUUCGGUGUCCCUCUCUUCAUGGAGACCAAGACUGCCCUUCUCUUUGCUCAGUGCAUGAGCGAGAAGCUCCCCAAGCCCGAGGGUAUUCCCUCCGAGGUUCGCCCCUGGGCCAGCUUCAUUGGCGGUCGCCCUCUGUAA